GCGGAGUAGGGGAACGGAGAGGAGGUUUGCAAGCUUGGGCUGUGAAAGCUGUAUGGGGAAGGGGGAAAAGUGGGACUGAUAGAACAGGCGCUGCUGGAAACCGGUCUCAGAUAGAAAAAGGACAAGUGCAGAUUGCAGCCGCCCGUCCCCGCUCCGCAGUCCGCACUCGCCCUGGCGUCCGCGGUUCGUUAGUCCGUGACCAGAGUCGCCAUGUGAGGUACUCCGGCCGCCUCUCGCUUCACUGACCGGUGUGUGUGUGACGCAGGUGGUCGCCGGUGGCAGGCGGCCGGUCGAUUCUCCCCGCGCGCCGCUCAUGAGGACGCGCCACAUCUCGGCCGGCCAAUCGAUGCCGUGCGCCCGACGCCGGCUGGUCGGCGGCCCGGCCCCCUGAGCGCCCUCGCUCCACGCUCGCCGCGGCGCGGCCCAUGUACUCGGCGGCGCUGGUGGUGCCGCGCGGCCGCGGCCGCCUCCUGCGCUACCUGGUCGGCUGCGUGGCCGCCCUGCUCUUCGUGCAGUGCUUCCUCAGCCUGCUGUCGGCGCGGCGCGCGCUACCCACAUCGUUCUUCCAGUUCGACUCGUCAGCGGCUGUCUCACCGCGGCUGGUGCUCGGCCUCACCAACACCACGGCGCGGCCUCCCUCCACCGGCGGCGGCGGCGGGCCGCGCGACCCGCUGCUCGUCAAGGUCAUGGUCGACCCGGGCAGCAAGGCACCGGCGCCUCCGGCGGCGGCCGUGACCGUCAACGGCACGGCCGCGAACGGGACGGCCGCGCUGGUGAACGUCACCGCGUCUAGUCAACGGCCGCCGCUGCCGACGGCGACGACCCCCGCCGGCACGAGCAGCCCGGCCGACGGCCGCCAGCGCUGCCCGCCGGUGCCGCUCAAACUCGUCGGUCCGCUGGCGGUGCCCUCGUCGGCGCCCUCCUGGGACCAGAUGGAGGCGGAGGAGCCGUUCCGGCGACUCACGGACGGGGGACGGUAUCGGCCGGCGGAAUGUGUCAGCCGCCAUCGAGUGGCCAUCAUUGUGCCAUAUAGGGAUCGGGAAGAGCACUUACGAAUGUUUCUGUACCACAUGCAUCCGGUGUUACAGCGUCAACAGCUAGAUUACGGCAUUUUUAUCGUGGAACAGGAUGGAUCUGAUAUGUUUAACCGGGCUUCGCUGCUCAAUGCCGGUGCCAUGGAGGCCAUCAAGCAGUACGACUUCCAAUGUUUUGUCUUCCACGACGUGGAUCUUUUGAUGGAGGACGACCGCAACCUUUACACGUGCCCGCAGCAGCCGCGCCACAUGUCCGUCGCCGUCGACUCCAUGCAGUACAAACUGGCGUAUCCUCAGCUGUUUGGCGGCGUGUCAGCGAUGACCCGCUCUCAGUUCGAGCUGGUGAACGGCUUCAGCAACCAGUACUGGGGCUGGGGCGGCGAGGACGACGACAUGUACAACCGGCUGACGUACCACAAGCUGCACAUCGCCCGCUACCCGGCCAACAUCGCCAGAUACAAGAUGGUCAAACACAAACACGGAAAGGUUAACCCCAAACGCUACUCCUGCAUACCAGCUGCUCCUGACUGCCUAUCCCGUGUGUCAAAUGUUCCUGUUCAACGGCCAUUCCUGUGUAACUACCUACUUCCUUUCUGAGGUUCGACCUGUUGCGGCGAGGCAAGAAGCGCUUCACCACGGACGGCCUGUCGUCGCUCAAGUACCAAGUCAAAGACAUAGUGCUGGAUAAACUAUACACCCGACUGUUGAUAUCACUGGGCCGCCGGUGACGGAGCGCGGUGCCGAGCGGUCGCCCCUAGUCAAACGCCGGCGGUCGGCGGUUUUAGGCGGAUCGCGGGUGCCGCGGCGCGCAGACACUCGCGACAGUGAUACGCGCGUCCGGCCGAGCGCGCUUCCUCUCUGUGGCUGUUGUACCGAUGUGGACGGUGGGCAGUCGGUGCCGCCCGCGCCGACACGAGAUUAUCGUCCGUUUUAUGCCGGAUGACGAUCGGUACUGGUUCGUCGUAUAUAGAACUUUAUGGGUGUGUGCCGGUGUGGACGUGUGUGCCUGUUUAUGUGUGGAAUGGAAAUACACAUGUGCAAUGUUUACCGUGAA